ACAGUAAAUUGUCUCUUUUUUUCCUUGGGCAAAAAAAAACAACAACAAACCUGAAUGCCUGUUAGGAAUAUCUUUUUUUUUUUCAAUAUUGUUUCAAACGUGAUUAGUCUAGUUAUCUGGUAAUUACAGACUAGGCAACACUGUGAAUAUGCUGAGAAUCAUUGUACCCAGACAUUUAACGACUUUAGCACUGUGGAGCCGCGCCUUGCCAAUCACUGCUAUUGUUUGGUCUUGUCACCAGAAGUUGAAAUGUAAUGCACUCAUUCAAGCAUUGAGACAUAGAAUCUAGUUACUGAAUCCAAUUGACUGGCAGUAGUGGCAAUCGUUAAUGUGUCUACGCUAAUCACAGAUUUAACUGUCACCAAAACUUCCAACACACCUGAGGUUAUAGCUCAAAGCAGUUCUAGUCUUGAGACAACAGCUUUAUAUGAAACGGUCAAUGGAUCAGAAAGCAAUGUUUACACAAUAGACUACAAAACAGUUGUUAAAAAAAAAAAAGAUGGCUGUUAGAAAUGGUAGUUCCCCUUUUCAAGAGGCUAUCAUCAGAGAUCCAGUGCCUACACUGAGGCUGACUCAUAAAGCAAAGAAUGUCUCAAAAGACAUCAAGUUAACUCUCGCCAACAAGUUUAUACAAGCUAUUAUGUCAGGAAAUCAAACGAAGAUCCAGCGCUUUCUAGACCGAGGAGUGCAGAUCAAUACUAAAAACGAUUACGGCUUUGGAGCUCUUGUGGCCGCUCUACAUAUAGAGGAUGAGAAAAUAAGGAACCGCAUCUUUCACUUUCUGCUGGACAACGGAGCAUCUUACACCGCUAGAGAUGAUCAACACGACAGAUCUGUUUUGCUCUGGGGUUGCGUUCUGGGACGAAAUGAACAGGUUCGAGUCUUGUUGGAAGAAGCUGGUGGAGAUAUGAACUUAAUGGACAAAGACAAAGACGGCAACACAGCGUUGCAUCAUGCAGUUCUCACGGGGAAUCUUCCUUUAGUAGAGCUAUUAACCCUUUUCCAUAAUCGUUUUGGCGUUUCUGUAGAUGUCGAGGACAAUCUGGGAUCAACCGCAUAUCUUCUUGCUAGAAGACUGGGCUACAAAGAUAUUGCUCAGCACCUACACCGAAAAGGAAUGGCGUCUUUAGGUCACAGCGAUUCCUUGUUUCGAACUCCGCGAGAAUGGUCCCAAAUCGGAAAAUUUGAACGGAAAAAGGCUGCAGCAUUUAGACUUGAGGACAUGAUGAAUGCAGCCAGAGUGCAAGGAAAGCCGACGUUACACCCAAAACGUAGAUCAAUGCAACGAAGUUGUUGUUCUCUUCCAGCAUUGAAUGAAGAGCUACACAGAGACUUGUCAGAAAUAAGCCAAGUCCAGCCUGUACAAAAACAUGAUUUAAUCUCUAACCAUUUUUCUUCCAGAAAAGACAGACACGUGAAUACUUCAAAACUUCAAAACCGCAUUGAUUCUCCCGAGACAACGCAUUGCAUUGUCACAAAAAAUACCGCUGAAGUAGAUGCAAACAAAAUAAAACCAAAAGAACUUGCGAACAUUGUUAGACCAGAUAACAAAACAGAAAUGCAACGACAUUCAUUAUUGGUAAAUAACAAACCACCUUGGCAAGCUAAAACUGCAGAAGCGCUAUCUUUACUAGAGCAGACAUCAUUUACAAAAGGUCGAGUCGCUAGCCAUUUUCACCCCAGCGAAGUGGAUAAAAACAAAAUGACAGAAUACAGGCACAUCUUAGGAAGUAUUGGUGUCAUUAUGAACCUUUUGUCAGAGCAAAACACACAAUCCUUUAGAAAGUCUGUGAAAAUAAUCAGAGCAGAGCCGCCAGAGAUCGAGGCCAAGAAAGUGUCUUCUUUUGCCGCUUUAUUUGGUAGUAAAAAGGGCACACAAGCGAAGAGGUCUUUAUUAUCGAGUAGAUCUCCAAGUAGGAAAAAUAAAGAGUUUAGACGAGACAAGAAAAAAUAAUAGGUUGUUGUUGGCAAUGUGCAAGUAAAACUAGAGAGAUGCUGUAAAUUUUUAAUAUAAUGCCAAGUUCAACUAAAAUAUAUUUGUAUAUGUAAUAGCAUUCUGAUAAAUUAUGCUCCAAAGAAUUGUUUUUGUUAUAAUAAGGAAGUCUUUUUAUAUUUUCUUGCUUAUUGUAGUUCCUUGGAGAAAUUUAAAUCCUCGUAUAGAAAACGCUCUAGCAACGGGACAACUGUGAUCAGAGUAAGCAUACCAAAUGACAUACUCCAUAAUGCUCACGUAGGUCAUAUUAUCAAUUCUUUUGAUGCCGGUCAUGUCAGUGACUUUGAUACGCUAGACAAUGAGAUGCUGAUUUCUGCCACUUUGGUUUUUUCAAGAUCUGUUCUAACGUGGCUCGGGUCCAGACCAAACGUUCCCUAACUGUCGCAGAAGUUUAAUUGACAGUGUCAUGAAGAUCAAUAUUGAGGUUUGGUUUAUCCCAAGGCUGGGUGCUUGACCCAAUACUGUUUACCAUUUACACCUAAGUCAGAAUACCGGAAUUUCAUACCAUUUUUCGCCAAUGACUCAAAAGUUGUACGAUUUCUCACCUCAGUUACCACCUCAGUAUCGCUUCUGUCAAACCAAAGUAGAUGAUAAUAAACCCAAUAUGAACGAAGAAACCCUACAAAUGAGUUGGGAGUCUAGUUUCACUUCUCCUCACGAAUUGCCAGUUCCCUUUGUAGAUACACUUCGUUAUCAGGAGUUCGCCAGUUCCCUUUGUAGAUACACACUUCGUUAUCAGGAGUUCGCCAGUUCCCUUUGUAGAUACACACUUCGUUAUCAGGAGUUCGCCAGUUCCCUUUGUAGAUACACACUUCGUUAUCGGGAGUUCGCUCUUGACGGUCUACACGAAGCUCAGCAAUGCAAGGGUCUCAAUCUGCAACUGUAAAGAUUAGGUCGUAUCCGACUAUAUUGGUAUAUUUAGUCAACAAAGAAGUUCUGUUCAUACGUUCUCAACGUGACCCCCAACAACAUGAGCUAGCUGGUACAUCUGCCGCCCAAAGUGGUCAGCUGCAAUGAAUUUAGGACUGCGUAAACAGGUUAAGACUGGAUCAAGUGGCCCCGUUAAAUCAAGUUUUCAUUCUUUCCGGUCUAGAAAUGUGUGGGUAAAAGUCACAUUCUUGUUAUGGAGUGUGUGUGUUUCUAUGUUGACGGUGGGAAGAAGUGAUUCUGAGUUUAGACAGACGACCCCAGCACGUGAAACUGAAAAGACGUGUUAUUGUAGUGAGUUAGAUUUUGUUUAAAAUACCAUUUUAUAUUAUUACUAACCCUUACUCUAUUUAUUGCAUUUCUUCAAAAGUUUAUUCUGUCUGUAUUUUACUAAAAGUUCUAUUUAGUUUUGUUCACCAAAAAAGUUAUUCAAGUUCAAGCGUUACAAAUGAAAAUAUAAUAUGCAUGCAUCGAUUUUGUUGUCUACCAGCAGUUUGGUGCUACAAGUCAUAAUGAUUCUAUCAAAAAGAUAAUAUAAGCUAGCGGUA